AUGAUUCUGUCGAUCCCGCAACUGAUACUGCCUUUAUCAACCACUACCAACAGUGAAGAACCCAUUCAUCAUCCACAGCAGAAUUCUCAUCUUUGUUCAACUCCACAAGUACAUGCGUAUCUCUUUACCAAUGUUAUAGAUACUCAGCAACUUCUCACUCAUCUACGGCAUGUUCCUCCAAUUCUUCCAACUGCAGUCUACUUGGAUGCAUCCAAGAUAUUCUCCUUGUUUCAACUGUCAUUGGCUGUCACAAAAACACACUUGAAUAAAUGUACCAACAAAAUGCGGACCCAUUCUGAUCAGUCGGAAAUCUUGCUUUCCUUGUCUGGCGAUACAUCUAUAUCACAGGCAUUUAAGCAGUUUGGAAUAUCAAAACACACUUGCAAUGUAUUGGUUGUAGACUAUUCUGGAAAUGAUCAAAUAGAAAAUCAUAAUCAGGAAAUAUUGCAAGACUUGACUCGACACAUUCACGGGACUCACAUUGCAGAAUUUACGGAUCUGGACAAUAUUCGAGACAUGAAAGCUAUUCGCAAGGUGGGUUGA